AUGACGACUGGCACACUGUUCCAGUCGGUUACCCAUCAGGUCAGCUAUUCGGCGGUGCGCCGAGGCGCUCGUGCGGAUCGAUACGACGUCAGUGGGCAGGCAGGGGGCCGUGAAAGAAACCGCGUUGGAGUAAUUCCUCUUUCCCUCGCGGCGAACUCCUCAUCUUCUGCCAUCAGCCGUGACUCUCAGGCCAUAUUAGGACAUGGCGCGGGGACCCCGCGCAGGCGUAAUUCUUUCAGGCAUGUGCGUGAUCAUGUCGUGCCCAGGUCCACGGGGGAUGCCGCUGCAAGCGUCUCACAGGGCGCCGAACCCGAAUUACCGUCGCCUUCGAGCGGUGCACCCGCUGGCUUCGUCGCGAACUUCGUGAGAGGCUUGCGGAUGAGGAUGGCCGCGGAUCCCAACUUCCCUUUCAAGCUCGGGGCUGAAGUGUGUUUGGACGAGGUGAUGACGUUGCUGGUCAAUAUCGGCGUGCGAGGGAACCCCCUGCAGUGGGCACUGGGGGCGCAGCUUCAAGUUCUGUGCCAGAUGCUUACUGCUGCGGUGAACGAUAUCAUUCUCGUUUACUGUCUUGCCCCCGUGAAGCAGGACGGUCUUGAAGCCAAAGAGAAGCCGAAAGAGCCGGAAAUCGCGCACAUCUUUCAGGAAGGUGAUUUCACUUUUGCGCAGAGGAUCGGGUGCUACCUUGCCAAGGGCAGGUUCUACGCGCUUGUGGGAGCGUUGAGCUGUACUUUCUCGAUGGCACUUGCGCUGCUACUCAGUGGCCAGAUGGAGCUCUUCACGCCCGUGUACCUAUUCCGGGCCCUCAUGACGGGUGCUCUCCAUAUGGGUAUCAGUGCCAACACGCGGUAUCAGAUCGUCAACGGGAUCGAGCGCGUCUUGUAUAGCCUGUUGCCACAAAAUGCAGCGCGGCUUGCAAGUGUUGGAACAAGGUUAUCGAAUAACCUUUUGGGAGCCCGACUGUGGAUAGUGAUGACGACGCUGACUGGACUAGCGUGAGCUGUAUUUUGACUAAGACUUACCUUCCGAGGAUAAUAAUGAAUAAUGAUAUUAACCGCAAUGAAUGUU